CUAAUUUACAUAUGUUGUUUGGAAUUAUAAUCUGCCUCAUAGAAACCCGUGACAUAUUGAAUGUUGCCCAUCUCCAGCUGGCACUGUAACCUCAAAAAAAAUGUUUUGUUUACUUUUGCGGCGCUCUGCAGUUCAUAAUUCCUGCAAAUUAAUCAGUAAACAGAUUGCCAAGCCCGCGUUCUACACACCCCAUAAUGCCCUGCACACCACAAUACCGCGGCGGCAUGGCGAGUUCGAAUGGCAGGAUCCCAAGUCGCCAGAUGAAAUAGUGAACAUCACCUAUGUGGACAAGGAUGGGAAACGCACCAAGAUCCAGGGCAAAGUUGGCGACAAUGUUUUGUAUCUGGCCCAUCGACAUGGGAUCGAGAUGGAGGGCGCCUGUGAGGCUUCGCUGGCCUGCACCACCUGCCACGUGUACGUCCAGCAUGAUUAUCUGCAGAAGUUGAAGGAGGCCGAGGAGCAGGAGGACGACCUGCUGGACAUGGCGCCAUUUCUGCGCGAGAACUCACGGCUCGGCUGUCAGAUACUCCUGGACAAGAGCAUGGAGGGCAUGGAACUGGAGCUGCCCAAGGCCACCCGGAACUUCUAUGUCGACGGGCACAAGCCCAAGCCCCAUUAACAUUAUUGUUAUUGUACAUUAUUAAUAAUAUAUAACGACUGUUGAAAUACCA